GACGCCGACACCAGUUCUUUAACAUCACUUCCAAGUUCCAAAUAAGCGAAAGAAGGUGAGCUCUGUUCUAGUGAUAGUAAUGUCGAAACUUGAAAUGCUGCUGCCAUCGCUCAUAAAAUUCAAUUGAAGGGCUACACAUUCACCGACAACACACUGAAUUUCGAUUUCUCUGUUCGGAAGCGCUAGCUCCUCCUUAAUGUUUUUGCUGCAAUUUUGAAUGUUUGUCAUCUUCGUCUUAUUCGUCCUGCAAAGAAAAUUUCUUCUCAUAAUGGUGUGGAUCGCUGGAAUUGUACCAAUCGGAGAAAGAUUACCUUCUCUCCUACGAAUCAGAAUUUAUUGUCCAUAUAUUGGUGAAAGUUUCCGCGUGCUUGUAAUUUAGUUGUAAUUUCUUUAACUUCGUAUCAUCAAACCGUAGUUCGUUAGGUAAUUGAGGAGUUUGUGUGAUAAUUGUGGUUUUGUUCUUUGCACUUGCAUUCAGUAUGGCAAGCUCCUUAAUGGUGAUCAUAUGUGACUGCUCGGGGCGGAUGUGAUUUUUGAUAAUGGACAGUCCAUUGUGUUCCUGGACUUCUUCAAGUUAUUGGAAUAUUUUAUAGAGAUUGGCUGCUUGACACAAUUUCUUCUAUGGCUAUUCAUAUUUCUACAAACUUGUUUCAUUCUAUCAAAAUUCGGAGGCUGCUUAUUAUGAUAAGCAUCAUUAUUCCAAUUCUUAUUGUUUCCCAGUGCUACGUUUAUCCAUAUGCAAAAACAUCUUUCCUACCACUUGACUUUAAGAGUUCAAACAUUACGACUCUUCAAAAUGUCACUAGUUUAAACCAUUCAGAAAUCACUGGAUUCCAUCAAGUUCAUUUCAUGGAUACCAUCACUCAUGUCAAAAAUACGAAGGAAAUAACUGAUAAAAUUACUGAAAAGAGGGGAGAAAGGGGACUUGGUUUGACGUCAUAUGCUGCUAAAAGCAUGUCAUAUGAGAAGGGUGGAACAUUUGAAGGGAGUUUGGUAAUGCCAGAUGGAAAGUUGACAGUUGACAAUGGUGUUAGGAAAAUGAAUGUAGAGUUUCGUUAUAGUCCCCCAAUGAAGGAAGAAACUCUCAAGAACAGUUACAGAAGAGUCGUUGAAGCUGAAGACAGCAACUAUCUAAAUGCAAGUGAAAGCAGAAACCAUGUUUCUAUUGUCUCAAAUCGAUCCCAAGAAUUAUCCCGAAAGAGUGUAGUAAUUGUAGAUCCAAGAAAGUUUGACUUGUCUUCUGCUCAAAACGUAUCUACCAUUCCAGAAGAUCAUUUCAAUAAAACCGAGGAAAUAAUAACAAAGCGUACAAAGACUGAGCAAAGGAAGAAUGUUUCCAUUACCUUGGAUGGACUUGCACAGUAUGACAUAUCAAAUUUCAAGAGUCUUGAGAUGCCAUCAAUAUCAAUAUCUCAAAUGAAUACAUUGUUAUCUCUAAGUCAUAAUUCUUCUUGUUUGAAGAAGCCACAGUGUCAUUGGUCUUCCCAACGUGAUCGUGAGCUUCUAUAUGCAAGACUGGAGAUUGAGAAAGCCACUGCUGUAGUGAACAGCAAGAACCCAGGAAUUGCUACUUCUGUUUUCCGAAAUGUUUCUAUGUUCAAGAGGAGUUAUGACUUGAUGGAGAAAAUGCUUAAAGUUUACAUCUACAAGGAAGGAGAAAAUCCUAUUUUUCAUCAACCUCGGACGAAAGGGAUAUAUGCCUCGGAAGGAUGGUUUAUGAAAUUGAUAAAGGAGAAUAAAAAAUUUGUUGUGAAGGAUCCCAAGAAGGCUCACUUAUUCUAUUUACCUUUCAGUUCGCAGUUACUAAGGAAGGAACUUUCUGAACAAAAUUUCUACAAGCCAAAGGACCUAGAGGAACAUCUAGGGAACUAUGUCGACUUAAUUAGGAGAAAACACCAAUUCUGGAACAGAACUGGAGGGGUUGAUCAUUUUCUUGUUGCCUGUCACGACUGGGCCUCCAAACUCACAAGACAGCAUAUGAAAAAUUGCAUCAGAGCUCUAUGCAAUUCAAAUGCUGCUAGAGGCUUUCAAAUAGGCAAGGACACUAGCUUACCAGUUACAUAUAUACAUUUGAAAAAGGACCCUGAUAUAACUUCUGGAGCGAAACCUCCUUCAGAAAGAACUACAUUAGCCUUCUUUGCUGGGCGUAUCCACGGUUAUCUUAGACCAGUACUGCUUCAUUUCUGGGAAAAUAAGGAACCUGACAUGAAGAUUUUUGGCCCAAUACCGGGCGAUAUUGAAGGGAAAAGAGUCUACAGGGAGCACAUGAAAAAUAGUAAGUAUUGCAUAUGUGCAAGGGGAUAUGAAGUUCAUACUCCUCGAGUGGUUGAGGCAAUUCUUAGUGAGUGUGUCCCAGUCAUCAUAUCAGAUAAUUACGUACCUCCUUUCUUUGAGGUAUUGAACUGGGAAUCAUUCUCAGUAUUUGUUCAAGAGAAAGAGAUCUCUAAUUUGAGAAACAUUCUGCUCUCAAUUCCAGAUAAGAGCUACCUUGCCAUGCAUGCAAAACUGAAAAUGGUGCAAAAGCAUUUCAUUUGGCAUGAAAAUCCGGUGAAGUAUGACUUAUUUCAUAUGAUCCUUCAUUCAGUAUGGUAUAACCGAGUUUUUCAGAUGAAAGCCAAUUGAUUUACAAAGCAUCAGAUUCCGAAGUUGGAAAGCCACAUGGAUGUACAAUGAUUAAACAAAAGAUGUGCUGUAAAUAUGCUGAGCUUCCAUAACAUCACCCUCCUGAUAAAGAUGAAGCUUAGCUUGUACCUUUCCAACAGCCAGAUGGCGUGAAUUCUCGAGGGACAUCUCUCUCUCUGUGGUUGUAUGGGGAUCUGUGCCAUCUCGUAAAUGAGUUUUAUGGCUUCUGGCUACAAAAACCCAUGAAAGUCAGAGCACAAGAUAGGCAUUCCAUCUGUAGUUAUAUGCCUUUUCCCAUACCUUGCUGCAUAGAAGGUACCAUCAUCUUGGAUUCCUCCCGAGGUGACCAGCCUGUGUCAAAAAUCCCAUCAGUUUGAAUAUUCAGAAUGCUAAAAUGGAUCCAUAUUAGUGUGAUUAGUGUCUCAUUCGUUACCACUUUCUUUUGCUUCAACCAUCGUCAGUGGCAUGUCAAUAAAGUUUUUCAGCUCAAUUAGUUUUUUCCUCGUUGAAAGUUUGCACGGAAAUAGAGUCCAUGUUCCUUUAUCCUGUAGAGAAUUUGUUUGUCUGCCUGCACUUAUCUAUUCCCUUACCUCAUCUCCAGCCUUGAAUUACAUUGCUGAAUUCGCAGAUGUACGAGUAUUUCAAGAGGAGUUCCUAGUCUCAUCACGGCAUUUAUCGGGUCAUUUUAAGCGACCUAAGUUGCAGUGCCCAUAUACUUCCAAUUGAGUAUAGCUUGUUGAAUAUGUACCACCUACCUAUUCAUAUUGGGUUUCAUUAAAUAAAUGUACUAAACAAACAUCAUCAGUUUACUAUUCCAUAUCAGAUAGAGAGAGCUAUUUAUUCAAGGCUAGGGGAAUGUUUGAUUGAGGGAGACCAAAGCCCUCCUAUUCUUCUGUUGCUGCAGGUUUCCACUGUCCACCACAACAAGAAACAGUCGACAGGUUCAGGUUAGUUCUUAUUCCCUUUUGAAUUUGGAUUCUAGUUUUGAUGUUUAUCUUUGAUGAUUAUUUGCAUCUAGGUUUGGUUUAUAUGAAUGAGGAUUAAAAAUCAUCGAUGCUUUCAAGUGAAAAAUAUGCCUCUUCUUGUGCCCUGUGUAACACAUACAAAAGUUGAUAAACUGUUUGAAUUCAAAUAUGUAGAUACAAAAUUAUUUAAACUCCUAGUGAUGAUACUAGGAGGAGAAACGCUACUGGAAAUGUGGAUACAGUUGUGAUCUCUUUUACCCACUUGUGAUGGGCACUGGAAGUGGACUCAUUUUGUAGUUGAUAGACAAGUGAUUUAGUUUAAGAGUAUAGUUCAGGGGCAUUGCGGAUG